AGCGUCACGCCGCGGCCGCCGCGGGGCCUGGUUAACGCCGGUUCAGCGCAGCCCGGAGUCGCCCAGGCCUGAACUCCUCCCCAGGUCCCGGCCCCGGCCCCGGCCCCGGCCCCAGCCCCGAGCCCGCGAGGACGCCAGAGGCCACCCCCCGGGGGUGGGGAGCGGAGCCGCGGGUCAGCUCUACGAGCGUCCCGUGCUGGCCUGGCCGGCCCCGCCCCCGCCCCGGGCCAUGGCCCAGCCCUUGUCCCGGCCCCUCAUCCUAUCCCAAUUUCAGCCUUGGCCUCCGGCCACGCCCUCGCCCCGCUUCCCAAACCUGUCCAGGCCCCGGCCGGUGUCCCAGCGAAUGUCCAGGUCCAGGUCCCCGCUUCAACCCCGGUCCCUGCCCCCAGCCUGGCCGCUAUCUCCGCCUCGGCCCUUGUUCCACCCCUUGUCACAAUUCCCAGCCCAGCAUCUGACCCUGUCCCAUUCCCCGCGUUUGCUUAAGCCCCUGGCCCAGCCACAGCCCUUGCUUCAAUCUCCAUCACACCCACUCCUUCCAUCACACCUUCUGCCCUUGUUUGAGCCCCGGUGCUCAGUUCAGCGCCACCCAAAAAAAGCCCAGUCUUUGCCCCCAUCUCUAUGUUUGCCCAAGUCUCUUCCACUGGGUCCCCGCCUCUCUCAUACUCUACCCCUCUCCCAGCCUCGACUCAGGUCUGGGCUCCAGCUGCCACCAGCCCUAUUGCUGCUGUUGCUGUUUUCUGUCCUUGGUCCAGGGGCUGGAGGCCUGUUCCUGACUGAUUACUCCACCUGCUCGCCCCGCAAGCUCAGCCCCUUUCGCUCCUUUGCCAGUACGGAGCUCUUCCACUUCCACGUUCCUGAGGACACGUUCCUGGCUGUUUGGAACCUCAUCAUCUUCAAGGAGCAGGGAGGAACCUUUGGGGACCACUGCCCAGACCAAAGCGUGACUGUGUAUUUCCGCUCUGGAGCACCUCCCGUCAUCAAUCCGCUGCACACACACUUCCCAGCAGACACGGCUGUGCCUGGGGUUUUCUCACUGACCCUCAGCUGGACACUGCCCAACAGAACCUCAGGCAUCUUCAACGUUAGCAGCCCCUUACCUGGGGACUGGUUCUUGGCUGCCCACCUUCCCCAAGCCCAUGGCCACAUCUCUGUCAAGGGUCUCCAGGAUGAAUGUCAGUACCUGCUUCAGCCACAACUGAUUGUCCGACGACUGCUGGAUGUGGCUGUACUGGUUCCUGGCCGUCCCUCAGAGCAAACCCUUUCCUCCCAUAAUCGUUCAGCCUUGUACAAGGUCUUUGUGCCAAGCUUCACCUACAGGGUUUCAGCCCAGCUGGUGUGUGUAGGGGGUCGAGGGGCAUCUGUCUGUCCCCUGACACUGCGCCUACGUCCCAAGGCUCCACCCCUACACAACUCAAGCUCUGUGGCCUGUGGAGGUGCCUCAGUAUGCCAGCUGGAGUUGGCCUUGCCCCCCUGGGGCCACUGGGUCUAUGUGCGUGUGGAGACGCCAUCCCGUGGUCCUGGCAGGACCAUCAGCUUCCAGCUCUGUGUGCGGUUACAAGAGUGUCCACAACCCAGCCUGUCCCGUGCCUUGGUCCCUGGGGCUGCCAUGAACAUGCCCCAGUCACUAGGCACCCAGCCACUGCCUCCGGAGCCACCAUCCCUGGGGACUCCUAUAGAAGGGUCUGGAGCCAUAGCACCCACUGAGCACUGCUGGCCAGUGCGUCCGACUCUGCGCAAUGAGCUGGAUACCUUCUCUGUCCACUUCUACAUCUUUUUUGGUCCCAGCGUGGCCCUUCCACCUGAGCGCCCAGCUGUAUUUGCCCUGAGGCUGUUGCCGGUGCUGGACAGCGGGGGCGUCCUUAGCCUGGAGCUCCAGCUCAAUGCGAGCUCUCUGCGCCAGGAAAAUGUAACAGUAUUCGGAUGCCUGACUCAUGAGGUGCCCUUGAGCCUGGGGGAUGCUGCUGUGACCUGUUCCAAAGAGUCCCUGGCAGGCUUCCUUCUCUCGGUCAGUGCCACCUCCAGAGUGGCCAGGCUUCGAAUCCCAUUCCCACAGACGGGGACCUGGUUCCUGACCCUCCGUUCUCUGUGCGGGGUGGGACCUCGGUUUGUGCGGUGCCGCAAUGCAACGGCAGAAGUGCGGCUGCGUACCUUCUUGUCCCCAUGUGUGGAUGACUGUGGGCCCUAUGGCCAGUGCAAACUGCUGCGCACCCACAACUACCUGUACGCGGCCUGCGAGUGCAAGGCUGGGUGGCGGGGCUGGGGUUGCACAGACAGUGCCGACGCGCUCACCUAUGGAUUCCAGCUGCUGUCCACACUCCUCCUCUGCCUGAGCAACCUCAUGUUUUUGCCACCUGUGGUCCUGGCCAUUCGGAGCCGAUACGUGCUGGAAGCUGCCGUCUACACCUUCACCAUGUUCUUCUCCACGUUCUAUCAUGCCUGUGACCAGCCAGGCAUUGUGGUUUUCUGUAUCAUGGACUAUGAUGUACUUCAGUUCUGUGAUUUCCUGGGCUCCUUAAUGUCCGUGUGGGUCACCGUCAUAGCCAUGGCUCGUCUGCAGCCUGUGAUCAAGCAGGUGCUGUAUCUGCUCGGGGCUAUGCUGCUGUCUAUGGCUCUGCAGCUUGACCGGCAUGGACUCUGGAAUCUGCUGGGACCCAGUCUCUUUGCCCUCGGGAUCUUGGCCACAGCUUGGUUCGCAGCGUCCGGCGCCGGCACUGUUACCCACCGACAUGGCGCCGCUGGCUUUUCUACCUGUGUCCCGGCAGCCUGAUUGCUGGCAGUGCCGUUCUACUGUAUGCUUUCGUGGAGACUCGGGACAACUACUUCUACAUUCACAGCAUUUGGCACAUGCUCAUUGCUGGCAGUGUGGGCUUCCUGCUGCCUCCCCGUGCCAAGACUGACCGCCGGGUCCCUUCUGGAGCCCGGGCCAGGGGCUGCGGUUACCAGCUGUGCAUCAAUGAACAGGAGGAGCUGGGACUUGUGGGCCCAGGAGGGACCACUGUCAGCAGCAUCUGUGUCAGCUGAGAGGGGCUUUGGGCCAAGCUCUAAGGGGACAUGAACCCUGCCUAGGGUUCCUCCUGGGGCUGUGGAGCCCACCUAGGUACAGGGACAAGUAGUGUUUCUUAAUGACACAGUCUUUCUCAAGGAUGACUGUUUUCAGGGAGCAGGAGGCUUUCCUAAGACAUGGAGAAUUUCUUAAGAGCCUAGAGUCCUCCUGUGCUUAUGGAGUCCUUCUUAAGGAUGAGCUAUGCAGGACACUGCGCCCCUGAGGACCAGGGAAUCCCUAGGGGUGUGGAGCUCUUCCCAGGGAUAGGGAACCCUCCUACAGACAUGAGAUACUUCCCAAGGAGACAAAAUGUCAUCAGUGCAGAGGGAAAAGGGGUCGAUCCUGGAGAAACAAGUCACGGGAUUUUUCCAGUGGCUUAGCAGUGCUGGGCAGAAGGGCUGCAGGAGAGAGAGAGGGAGAGAGGGAGAGAGGGGGAGAGAGUGAGCCGGGACUGCUAGGCAGCUGGCGUCCUCAUGUGGUACAGCGGAGCCUGCUAUGUCUCCAGUGAAGUGUGUACUGAGUCUGUGCUGCCUUUUUUCCCUUGUUGGGGGUCAGGGUGUGGGAAAAUGGGGCGAGAGGGACACUGAGGAAAUCCUGAGAGUGACAGGGACCUUCCUGGAGACGAUGCUGGAAGCUACUGUCUGGUUUCUGCCCCGUGGCUUGUACACCAGUAUCCCUCUCAUCUGGUCCCUGUGUUUAAUUCCAAAUACUCCCCAAUGCCCAUUUCCCAAUUGCUAUGGAUCCUAGUCUGGAGUAGCGAAGAUGGGUGUGUGCAUCUGUGUGUGCGUGUGCUUGCUGUGUAUAUACAGAGAUGAAUUAGUGAGACAGACUCCCCAUGACGCCUACACCCACAGAGAAGGAAGCUGAAGUGCCAGGAAAUUAGAGUAACAGGUACAAAUUUCAGCAUCGAAGGCACCACAAGAAUGGAACUAUUUUAAGCUUCCAUUUUUUUUUCUUGCAUGCCAGAAAUAAUCUUGUAUAAAUUGAGAUUUUUUUCUUUGUGUGUGUGUGAGUGAGUGUGUGUGUGUGUGUGUGUGUGUGUGUGUGUGUGUGAGAGAGAGAGAAAGAGAGAGAGAGAGAGAGAGAGAGAGAGAGAGAGAGAGAGAGAGAGAGAGAGAGAGAGAGAGGAGAGAGAGAAAGGAGGAAAGAGAGAGAGGCUCUCACUAUGUAUAUAGUUUGUUCUGGCUCAGAUCUCAUGUUCCUCUGGGUCCUGGAGUUACAGACAUGGGUGCCAUACCUGGCAGCUGGACUUGUUCUUUCCCCAUGGGGUCAUAGCUGAGUUUUGAGGGUCUUGUCUUACACUGAGAUACGAGAACAUUCUUUCUGGUCCCCAGUAUCCAUACUUUAUCAUCUUACAAGAGUUCAGUCACCCCAGCUGGCUCCCAGUCUGCAGUCAGACAGGCUGCUAAAUGCUGAGAGGCUUCGUGUUCUGUCUGCUUAGCCCCGAGUUCCUGCACCCCAGGUCUGUGCCACAUGGAUGUUCUUGAAUGGCUACCCAGACACAGCAUGAAGCCGCUUUUCUUCUGGAGUCCUGUGCUAGGUUUUACUUGAUAAGGCAAAAGAUGAGUUGUUUUUUCUUUUAAGCUCCGUAGAUGGAGCCAGGGGCUCUGCUCCUGUCUCUUUAGCAACCUGGGACAGUGCUCGCACCUUCUCCCCUCCUCCCCACUCCCACUUGUCAGACUGGAGAAGGAGCCAGCCUCACAUUUCCCCCAAUUCUUCUCUCUGUGCCUUAAGUCCUUUCUACUCUCUUCACAACCCAGGCCUUUGAAGCCCAAAGCCUAGAAAAUACCAUUUUAUUCUUUACUCUCUGUAAUAAAAUCUCUUCCUGAGGCACUGAGUACUGAAUAAAGUAGCUGACUGAUUGGCCAGGAGUGAGGGUAUACAGGCUGGGUGUCUCUUCCUGUAUUAAAAGUGCUAUUCUUGGGCCAGGUAUGGUGGUGCAUGCCUUUAACCCCAGCAUUCUGGGGCUAGGAGCUGGUGAGUUAAUGUGAGUGAGAGCCAGCCAAGGUUACAUAGACCCUCUCUUAAAGAAAAAUAAAGUAAAAGAAAAUAAAAUGGCUGAAGAAAUGGCCCAGCAAUUACGAGCAUGCAUUGCUGUUCCAGAGGACCCGAGUUCAAUUCCCUGUAUCCUGUUACCAGCUAAGAUGCCUGUAACCACAGCUCCAGGGGAUACACUACCUCUGGGCUCCAUGGGUACCUCUCCACACAAGUGGUGUACACUCACACAGACACAAACACACAUACACAUGAUUAAAAAUAAUAAAUUUUUUUCAGAAAGAAGAAA